AUGUCGCUUACGUUUACUAUUUCUCAAGACUAUGCUCUCGUAGCAUCAGCUGCCACUGCUACUGGAUUUUUGGGAAUUGUACGUGAUCUGUUUCGUGGUCCCUCUUCCAGUACGCGGCUCCCAGGCCUCUCGCCUACAUCCCCGGUUUUGAGUCGUUUCGACUUUGCCAGCGGAGACGUCGGAAUUGUCGUUUCUAAAUGGCGUAGACUCUCUGGCAUCAAGUACCCUCAAACUUAUGCCGAAGUCUCUGAGAUGAAAGAGAAUAAAAAUGCGCACAUUUUUAACUGUGCCCAGCGAGCCCAUAUGAACAUGCUCGAACACUUGCCUUCGUUCCUUGCAGCAUUAUUCUGGACUGGUCUCCGCUAUCCGCGGACCGCGGCUGCCUUGGGAUGGAUCUGGGUCCUCGGCCGCAUCCUCUAUACGACGGGUUAUGUGACUGGAGAUCCUCAAGCACGCUAUCGCGGUGCGAUCCAUUACAUCGGUGAAUAUGGUCUCUAUCUCGUCGGUCUCUGGAGCUCCUACGAGCUUUACCGCGGAAUGUGGUAA